CAGAGCAGUGAAUUUGAGCGCUCGUCACAAAUUAAAGAAAAAAUAUUUUUAAUCUCGAACUAGAUGUAAAACGUUUUACAAUUUAAAAAAGGAGACCUUUAUCGAAGAUGUCCAGUGGAUAUUUUUUGUUCUUGAGGAUUUAGUUUUGAGUUUCACCGUGCGGAAAUACUUGAUGUAGUCAAACAAAAGUCUUUGUUUAAUCUCACCUGCUGUAGGCUCUGUAUGCAUCACAAAACAUCCUGUGUGACGAUGCUUCUCAUGGCUGUUCUUCUCUCUUUGUGCUUCUGUUAUACUGGUAGGUGUGUUUGGUGAUCCAGAUGAAGUGAAGUCUGUGUCAGUGAUGGAGGGACAUUCUGUUACUCUACACAAAAAUGAUACACAACUAAAGAGCGCUCAUCUGAUACGGUGGACUUUUGUUUCUCAAGAGUCUCCAAUAGUUAGAAUCAACAAAGAAGCCAAUAAAGUCUUAAUAUUUGAUGAUAUUCAUGAUGGGAGGUUCAGAGACAGACUGCAGGUGGAUGUUCAGACUGGAUCUCUCACCAUCACAAACACCAAAACUGAAGACUCUGGACUUUAUGAAAUAACCAUCAGCGGCAAACAACAGAUCUCAUACAGAUUCAACAUUAAUGUCUAUGCUCACCUGCCUGUUCCUGUCAUCUCCAGUGACUUUUCUCAAUGUUCAUCAUCAUCAUCUUCAGUCUCAAAUUGUUCUGUGUUGUGUUCAGUGUUGAAUGUGCCACAUGUGAGUCUCUCCUGGUAUAAAGGAAAGAGCUUAUUGUCAAACAUCAGUGUUUCUGAUCUCAACAUCAGACUCUCUCUACCUCUGGAGGUGGAAUAUCAGGAUACAAACACAUACAGAUGUGUCAUCAACAAUCCCAUCGCAAACCACCCACAACAUCUCAACAUCAAUCAUGUCUGUCAGCCGUGUUCAGGUCUCACCUUCAUUCAUAAAGUUGUGAUGUGUUGUGCUGCUGUUGCAUCUCUGAAGAUUGUGACUGUACUUCUGAUCAUCUGCGUCUGCAGGAAACACAGAGUGAAUGAACGAUAACACAUGCAGUCCGUCUUAAAAUGACUUUUAAAGAUUGUAUACAGUCGUGUGAAGGACAGCUGAUCGAGUAUUAAAAACAAUGUUAACUAGCAGCAGUGAAGUAUCGUCAGAUUCAUUGUGUUUUUUCUUGACAAGUGAACUAACAGUAUCUCUAGUAUGACGUUUUAUCUGCGAAUGCAUGCAACACUCUUGCAGCUUCAUUUCAAGAGAAACCAUGUGACUUCUUUGUGUCGGGGGGCAAAGAGGUGUGGUUUUGUUCUGCUGGUGGUCUUUUGAUGUUUUGUGUGUGCAUUUGUGUGUGUGAAUUUGGAGGUGUGAAUGAUGUGUGUGUGAUUGUGUGAAGAGUGGCUUUUCUUUUCUAUUCCUUUUUCUUUCCUUAUGUUUUCCACUCACAAAAAUAGGUUUACAGCAAAAUGAUGUACUAUUACUAUACACGAAUACUAUAAUACAGCUUUAA